UUUUUAAUUUUAUUGAACAAAAUGGACGAAAUUGGUUUGGGAGGAAAUGAACAAAAGGAUGAUCCAAGCCUCCCAGACUCUCGUCCGGGAACUUCAUUGGCUGGAGGGUCUGGUGAUCCUAUGAAUCCUGAUAUAGAAGAUCUUUAUGUGAAGUAUAAGAAACUUCAAAAGCAACUGGAAUUUCUCGAAGUUCAAGAGGAGUAUAUCAAAGAUGAGCAAAAAAACCUAAAGAAAGAAUACCUUCAUGCUCAGGAGGAGGUUAAACGCAUCCAAAGUGUUCCUCUGGUUAUUGGUCAGUUUUUGGAGGCUGUAGAUCACAAUAAUGGAAUAGUGGGAUCAACAACAGGUUCAAAUUAUUAUGUGAGAAUCUUAAGUACAAUAGACAGAGAGUUGUUGAAACCAUCCGCCAGUGUAGCCCUUCAUAAGCACAGCAAUGCCCUAGUGGAUGUUCUACCCCCCGAGGCUGACAGCAGCAUCACUAUGUUGCAAGCUGAUGAGAAGCCAGAUGUGGCUUACCAUGACAUUGGUGGGAUGGAUAUCCAAAAGCAGGAGGUGAGGGAAGCCGUGGAGCUGCCCCUGACACACUUUGAGCUGUACAAACAGAUUGGUAUUGACCCACCUCGGGGUGUCCUCAUGUUUGGUCCACCAGGGUGUGGCAAAACCAUGUUAGCCAAGGCAGUGGCCCAUCAUACCACUGCUGCAUUUAUACGUGUGGUGGGAUCAGAGUUUGUCCAGAAGUAUUUAGGUGAAGGUCCCAGAAUGGUGAGAGAUGUCUUUAGGUUAGCCAAAGAAAACGCCCCUGCUAUCAUAUUUAUUGAUGAAAUUGAUGCCAUUGCCACUAAAAGAUUUGAUGCUCAAACUGGAGCUGAUCGUGAGGUUCAGAGAAUUCUUCUUGAGCUUCUCAACCAAAUGGAUGGCUUCGAUCAAACAGUCAAUGUCAAGGUAAUCAUGGCAACAAACAGGGCAGACACAUUGGAUCCAGCUCUGCUUCGACCAGGCAGGUUGGACCGUAAAAUUGAAUUCCCUCUACCAGACCGUCGUCAGAAACGUCUUAUCUUCUCCACAAUCACAGGCAAGAUGAAUCUGAGUGACGAGGUGGAUCUGGAGGAUUAUGUGGCUCGUCCUGAUAAAAUCAGUGGAGCAGAUAUAAAUGCUAUCUGUCAAGAGGCUGGUAUGCAAGCUGUUAGAGAGAACAGAUAUGUGGUGCUGGCUAAAGAUUUUGAAAAGGGUUACAAAAACAACAUAAAGAAGGACGAGACAGAGCAUGAAUUUUACAAAUAGCUGAGUGGAGGUUCUAUCGUGAUGUUUGUGUUACUUGUGUGGCAAAUAAGUUAUGUUCUGUUCAAACAUUAUUCAAGCCAUUUCUGUUGUGUGGAGGGGCCAUUUUUUUUUUUGCAUUAAUUUUUGUGGUUUGAAUGCAGAUGGUUGUCUUGUUUGUGGUCUCACUCCAGCUUUUAUAUGUCUUUUGAAACAUUAAAUUUUUUUGACAUGA